AUGCUCCUGUUGCAACUCACACCUUACCUUGAGGCUCUGAAAGUGUUGCUGCGCAUUCUAGGGAAACACUUCUUGGUGUUGGCCGUGGUGUUGGUGGUCAUGUUGCGUGACGGCCUCGGCUUCCCGGAAAAGCGCGGAAAUUGCCCCGCCUCAACAUCCGUCGGAGGGACACCUGGGGCUAGUAAUUGCUACUCUUCGUCACCAAGCGCCAAUUGCGGUUCCGUUGCGGGCUCCGGCGUGUCCGCGUUGGAGAAACAAGCGAUCGUGGACGCUCACAACAGCUAUAGGACAAGGGUUGCCUCUGGCUUGGAAGUACUGGGCAAUCCUGGACCUCAGCCCAAUGCAUCCAACAUGCGACGGAUGGUAUCAUCAGUUUGCACUUGUCGCUUUGAUCGUCAUCUCAAUAUUGCGAUAAAAUUGCAUACGACACCAAUCGAUCGUCUGGUGUUGAGACAACAUCUAGGACAUCACUCGAACCUCCGACUGGACUCGGAAACUUCCGUCUGUUACCAGGUGUGGGACGACAAGCUCGCGGCGACGGCACAAGGUCUGGCCAACACAUGCAACUACGCCCACGACACCACGGCCUGUCGUACCUUCGGCACUUCCUUGGGGUGGGUGGGUCAAAACCUCUACUGGAGUUGGUCGUCGCCCGCUGUGGCACAAGCAAAUUGGGCAGCUGCCAUACAGUCCUGGUACAACGAAGUCACCUCUUUCAAUUCCACCUUCAUAUCCCCUUACCAGUUCAAGAGUUCGACCGGGCAUUACACCCAGGUGGUGUGGGCAGACACGUACUCCGUGGGAUGCGGGUACAUCGCAUACGGUGGGGGGAGUAAUCUCUACGUCUGCAACUACGGGCCGGGUGGGAACGUCUUAGGGACAACAAUGUACGGCUCCGGGACUCCUUGCUCCUGCUGCAUAUCCACCUGCUCCAACGGAGCUGAGGUGGAAGAUGGGGAGCAUAUAUGUGAAGAAGAGCAAGAGUCUCUUGCUUGUGGAGAGGGUGAAGGUGGCGAAAGGGAAGACUGUCGCCUAGAGCGAGGGGAGGAAUUAGAGACGGGCGAGGAAGGGUCUUUUUUCCUCAUCUUUCUCUUCACAGGCAUGGCUAAUACCUGA